UCCUCUCCCCUUAGCACUUGUAGGGCAGGACUGAGCGGGCUGACAGACAGAGCACCCAGCUGGUGUCCUGGGUCUGUUAGAGACCCUGGGAUCCACGGAGAGGAGGGGUUCCAGUGGAGUGUGCACAGAGCAGCAGCAGCAGCAGCAGCAGCAACAGGAGCCCCGCGCACGCCGAGAACAAAGAGCCACUGGACUCCGUGUGUGUGUAGCUUAAAAGCUACAGACUGACACUGACAGAGCACUCUCACCAGGGGGAUUUGAGCUGUGUGUGUGUGUGUGUGUGUGUGUGAGUGUGUGUGUGUGCGUGCGUGCGUGUGUGUGUGUGAGUGUGCGUGAGGGAAAACACGCCUCAGGUGCAGGAGCUUUUGGACUGUAAUCAUCAAAGGAUUUCAGCUUGACGAGAGCCUGGAGUAUUGUUUUAAAGAAUAUCGCACAGCUGCUGUUACCUGUUGGGCUGGAAGUAGGAAUCCUACACAAUCCUUCCAAAAUAAAAGCUCAGUGUUUAACUCACAAAGACUGGAUCUACACAUCUCAAGAAAGGAAGUCACGUUCAGCAAAGUGGAGCAAGGUGGCAGCGAAAAGAUGCCCACCACAAAAAUAAAAAAGCUUCUUUUGAACAGUGACACUGAGAGCAGGAGGAUGAUAGAUGCAAGUUAAAGAUCUGAGAGGGAGAAGUGGAGGCGACUCCAGAGGAAAGCACUGCACUCUGGUCAGAGUUUUUCCAGGACAUCACAACUGAUCUGACUCCAGCGUUGAGCAUUAGAGUUGUUAUCCACUCAGGAAUAUGAGUCCGUCUCUGAAGUGAGAAGCCUUUCAUGUGGGAGCCCGUGACUAUCUUCCAGUUUGAGAGGAAUCUGCCUUCUUUUUUUUUCCCUGCGAGCGCCGUCAGGAACCAAGAGUUCUCACUUUUCACGGAUUAUUCAUCCCAUCAGCAGGGGAGCUUAUUGCAGGAAAUGCCAGAGGCAAGUUCAUUCGUAGGUAACACGCCCUCCUAAACUAGAUUCCCUCCAAGCCACUGGAUCUGGAUUUGUCUACAGCCGCCUCUGCUGUCUGCUGAUGAUAUAUGGCUUUGUGAGAGGUGACACUUCCUAAAUUUUGGAAUAUUUAUCUGCUCUGAUAAACACACACACAGUAAACUGCCAGGGAUGUGUCUGUGCAUGUGAGUGCCUGCUCACGAGGGACUCAUUCACUCCUGUUGAGAUGUGAGAUUGAUUUCUUUCACUCACUUGUUCCUCGGCCCCUUGACGACAAUUUAACCUUCUGUAACGGCGUGCAGUAAUAACUCCCACAACGCUAAGUGAAUGCUCUUUAUUUUUCUUCCAGGCAUGCAUAUAUAGGCUGACCGCACUCUAUUUAUCAAAGCUGUUAUCUCAAUGAUUUCUGAUACCUCAGAGAUUCAUUCAGUGACUGCAAUUUAAAGCUCUGGACAAAGAGGAUACUCAGCUCUCUAUUUCUUUGUUGCUUUUAAACCUAGGAGCUUUACUGUCAUUUAAAAUUACACAUCAGCACUGAGCCACCACAACAUACUGGAGUAAGUCCAAGAUGGCCACCUCCGUGCACCCACUUUUGGUUAGCUUGUCGCUGGCCAUCCUCCUGAGUUUGACCUCUCUGGGCGGACUGAACUCCUGGCCGUCAGGUCAGGCUUUAGCCCAGGUGUCUCCCAACAACCAGACAACGCAGCCUUCUAUGGUACCAGAGGCCGCGCUGGCAACUCCCACGCCAGACGUGGAGGACAAAACAGCUCCAACUAGCGGUAACCGUUGCUGGGGUUACUAUGAUGUCAUGGGUCAGUGGGACCCGCCCUUUAACUGUAAUGCAGGUAUCUACCUGUUCUGUUGCGGCUCCUGCUUCUACCGCUUCUGCUGUCAGUUCAAAAUCCACAGUUUGGACCAGACUUCGUGUUCUAACUAUGACACGCCCGUCUGGGCAAACACCGGGCGGCCGGCAGCACCCGUCACGGAGGUCCAGGAGGAGCCGGACAAGGAUCGGACCCACAUGAUCGUGUAUAUUAUCUGUGGAGUGGUGGCCAUCAUGGUGUUGGUUGGGAUUUUCACCAAGCUCGGGCUGGAGAAGAGUCAGGGAGGACAGACGGACAUGACCAACUCCAGGACUCUGACAGAGCUUAUGAAGCAGCCAGGGGAGGCGGGAAUGGUGGAUGGAACCGGAGUUCAUCAUCCUAUAGGGACGAACGGCAUCUCCGCCAGAUCACUACGCUCCAACAAUGAUCAUAACCAUCUGAACAACGCAGCCUUGUCUCCCCUGGGUCCAGCCAUGGCCUUGUCUCACCCUCACAACAACCUAGGAAUCGGUUUCAACAAGUACACCUCGCUUAAGGCCGUGGACACGGCUGCAAGAGACUACUACAAGAGCUACCCAAUGGUAGAUUACACUCAUCGCCAGUCGCCUCCCACAUUCCAGCCAAUCAACUUCCACCCCAAGGAUAAGCCCUUCCUCCCACCUCCCGACAUCCACGCGCCGCUGGCCAUCACCAUCAACGCCUCGCAGAUCCCCAAACCUAAGAUCUCCAAGACCAACACCCACCCGCUCACCUCCAGCUCAGCCUUCAAAGCGUGGGACCCCAGUAAUAGCCACAUCCAGCACCCAGUGGCCUCCCACAUGGCCCUCCAGGGCCAGCAGCACCACCCCAUUCAGCAGCAGCAGCACCAGCCGCUGCACCAGCAGAACAGCCGGCGCCAGGCCUACUCCAACAAGAGGCAGUUCAGCAUCGAGACGCUGCCAGAGCUCUUCUCGCAGCCGCUGGGCUACGGCCAUUCGCCGCACAUGCACCCCAAGCACAAGGGACUGCCCACCAACAGCAAGACAGAGGUCACGGUCUGAACAUGGGGAUGAGUGGACAGAAGAGGAAACCACGUGGAGUUGUAAGCAACUUUCAAAGGAAAGCUCCGAUAUCUUUUAUAUCCACAGCCGUCAUGGCGAGGAAAGCAAAUAUCGUGUAUAAUCAGAAUUUUUUUUAACAUCUUCCUCAUCAUUGUUGACAACAGUAAUAAUAAUGUGAGUGGUAUUUGUGUACUUUUAUGACCACUGGAUCAAAACAGCAGCAGCAGCAGCAGAUUAGCUGUGAAGGUGGUGGAUCGGCAGGUGUGACUCUUUGAACCUGGCCGCUCCUCUAAAUAAUUGAGUGGCCUCUCAGUGUGUUGGCACAGCUCUCCUCUCCUCCUCCUCCUCCUCCUCCUCUCAACCCCCUCGCACCUCAAUGACACUCCGCACUGCUCUGUAGCACCACUCAACCACACACAAAUGUUCCAAUCCAAAACCCAGACGCUAUUUACCCCACAAACCAGCCCAGACUCACUCUACCCACCUUUUUUUUCGGAGACUAUCAGAGAGGCUGGUAGGGGGAGUGUUUCCCCUAAGACUUUGGCUCCCCAUCAGCAGAGACAAUGCCAUUGUGUUGUCAGCUCCCAUUGCCCUCCAGCCCCUCCGGAGAGUGAGAUAUCAGCCUGGCAAUUCAUACCAGCGAGGGGGGAAGGCGGGGCUGGGACAGAGGGGGUCUGGUUAUUCAUCUCAUUCCAGGGGCAAAUGAGAUGAGAAGGAUCUGAAACAUGUACACACACACACACACACACACACACACACACGCUACACACUUGUCAAAAACUACAGACGGUUCCCAGCAGUGUCACAGGCACCUCCUCCACUGACACACAAACAGAGACACACUUGCCUCUGCUCACACUGAUCCCCAGAAAGUGGGGAAAGUGCAUAAGUGAGCUCUCUUGUUGGUAUUUGUAACGGUUUGUCGAGCCGCUUGUUUCAGUCGCCGUCUCCCGUGUUGCCGUGGAUGUUUACCUCCCAAGAAAACCCAGAAAUGUGUCAGGAUGCCGAGAAAAACAGCGAAAGAGUCCAUGUAACCAGAAAGGUUGUUGCAAAGUCAUUGCGUUCUCUCCUCCUCCCUGCUCAGUGCUAGAUUUCACAAAUGAGGCUCAGAGAAAUGUCAACCAGUGCUGCAUAUUGGUACAAGCAUUUGGUUGUACCGAGAAAUGAUGUCUGAAUACAGAUCAUGUUCUUCCUCCAAGAUUCACUUUACUGAGCCGACAGAUGCACAAGUUUGCAUGAAUUCAUAAUCAAACACUAAUGGUUAACAUCUUAAAGCAGUGAUACUUUAUAGAAACACCUUUUCCCAGUAUGGCUGUUCUUAAACACAGCUGUUUGAUGUGUGUGUUUACUGCUGCAGUGCUAACAUAAUCUGAGAGGGUGAAGCCACUUGUCCAUGCUUUACAAUUUACUUCACUCCCAAGUGAAGUAACUCCCACACAGCGUUGCCAGAUGUUCAAUAAUUAUCAUAUUUGUACGAUAACUUUGCCCUCUAUACGAUGCAUGAUCAAUAAUGCCAAAAAGUGCCGUAAUGUGUGAUCAUUUGACCAUUUUGUGAAGCUUACAAUUAGUUGUUGCUUUUAAGGCCCCAACACACCAAACUGACAUUAAAGACCUCAUGGCGCAACCCGUCGUCAUUGAAAUUCGGCACUUGGGCAGUGACUGAGCCGUCCUUUAACAUCAGCAUGAUACGCGGCCGGUCAUCGUUAUAUUUUCAUGGCAUGCGGCAGCGUCAGGGGGAAAUGCGACAGGACACGAACGAAAGUUAAGGCUACGAAAAUCCGAGUGAGGUGGUCAGAAGGGGUGGUGGAUGAGUCCAACAAACACAGACUUUCACCCGGGAGAGCCGUGUUUGUGUCCCGUAAGAUUACAAAGCCAAACCCUGUUCUAUUUUUUCCUAAACCUAACCACAUGUUUUUGUUGCUGAUGGCAAAAAGACAUCAAUUCCCGGUGUUUUACCAACGUAGUAUGUUUGUUUGGAAAGAGACUGUAUGUAAAUGGUAAAUUUCCUGUAGAAACGGAAGUGUAUUUUGA